AGACAAGGCAACUACAUACUGCACUGUUAAUCACCAUCAGCACCUGUAUAUGUUAUCCAACUUAGGAUUCUCCCAAUGCUUUCAGUGGCACCUUGCGUGGUUGAUGGGCGUUCUUGUGACCUCUUUUAGCAACCCAGCUUGCUCCUUUGACACAAAGACGACAAAUUCAAAAUUACUGGAGCGAUCUAGAUGGCCUUUGAAGCCUCCAUGCCUUCAGGCAUUCGUACGUCAAAGGGCAUGGCUGAGCCCUUGCCGGAAGGACUUAUGCAUGAUACGGGCCCAGACAUACCUAUUCAGCCGUAAUGCAGGCAUCAAAGCGGCUCGAUGCAUCGUAUUCUGGGAUCUCGAUAACAUCAUGCCAAAAAAAAUCAGAAUGGAGCACACCUGCGAAGCUCUGAAGGCUGCUACAGCAUCAGCUGUUGGAACGGUCGAGAUACACCAGCUGACAGCAGCCGACGUCUUCAUCCUAGCAUACGCCACAGAAUGCACAUUAAAAAUGAUAAAUUUUCCAGCUCUGAAAAGGGUGCCAAACGUUAAAGUGGUGCCAGUAGCAAGCCACAGGCAGGCAGCGGACCAGGUAAUCAUCCGGCACAUGACGGCCCUUGUGAAUGAGCGCUCCCCGGAUGUAGCACUGGCAAUCGUGUCCUGCGACAACGACUUUGCCUCUGUGCUCAGCUACUGCCGAGGCCGUGGCUGCCCCACAGUCUGCAUUGGCAGGGCUCGCAGGAGGCAUGGACCGGCCGAAAUAAGUGAGCGGGAGUUGAUGCAAUGGCGGAAAAGGCCGCUGCCGGCCGCGGCUGCCGUGGCGGUCUGUUGGGAGCAUAUUGCAUCACCGGAUCUGUGCACAACAGAAAGAAAGAAGCAAGCGGCAGAGACAACCGGUUGCUCUGCUUCCAAACAGCUUGCAAGCGGUUGAGGGCUCCCUGUGUUUGUUCCUGUGAACGAGCUCGCUGUAAACAAGAUGACAAAGACCUCUCCCUAAGAUCCGAAAGGGGAAGGAUUCGGCAUGAAGACAAGAACAGAUCAAAUUUGGCAUGAGCAGUUCCUUGUUCUGACCCCUUCUGAAGUGAAGGCUACUCAGGAGGUUCUUUUGUAGCAAUAGAGAAUAGUUGUCAUCACGAGUUCAAGGCAGUUGUUGUGGAAGAUCUUGGUCGAGCUCUUGGACCAGCAUGUGCUGGGAUUUAGUAUUGGCAAAAUUUCACAGCUUUAUUACCAGCUGUUACCUUAUUCAACAU